AUGGGUGGUGCUAUCCUAUUGGGGGGUCCCUUCAGUGAGAAGUUCGGCAGGAAACGGACUUUGUUGUUGUGCUCUCCUUGCUUCGUUUUGAUCUACGCGUGGCAGGCAUUGGCCCACACUUCAUGGCAGUUGCUGUUCGCUCGUGUUCUGGUCGGUUUCGUUGUUGGUGUUGAGUCCGUCGUGGCUCCAACCUACAUCGGUGAGGUUUCUCCCACGGCUAUUCGUGGGACUUUGGGAGCGUGCAACCAGCUUUCCAUCACAAUCGGUGUCCUUCUCGCCUAUGCUCUUGGGAUGGCUUUCAGAACUGAUGCCGGCUCUAUUGAUCCCAAUGCUACCGACGGCACCUUCUGUCAGUGGCGUACUGUGAGUUGGAUUUAUUUGAUUCCCAGUGCUCUAUUGGGUAUCUGUAUGUUCUUCGUUCCGGAAUCUCCUCGUUGGUUAGCUCAGCAUAGUCGUGCUGACGAUGCCAAGAUGGUUCUAUUGAGACUGAGAGGUUAUGAGUCAGUUGAAGAGGAUCCUGAGAUCAUGGAAGAAGUGAAGGCUUAUGAGAUAUUAGCUGCCCAUAAUGCUAAGAACGCAAAGAACACCUGGAAGGAGAGUGCUUCCUGGGCUUCCAGUGCGCUUGGCCAUUGCAAGAUGCAGUUGUUCAUUGGUAUUGCUUUGCAAGUCCUCCAGCAGUUCUCCGGUAUCAAUUCCGUUAUAUUUUAUCGAACAACUAUCUUCCAGGCUGCUAGAUUGGAUAACAAAGAGGCUAUGGCACUUGCUGUUAUGGCUGCUCAAGUGGUUGUAACUCUAAUUGCUUGCAUCAUCAUGGAUAUCGCGGGAAGAAGAGUUCUUUUGGUAGCGGGUGCUGCUGGUAUGUGUGUAGCAGCUAUUCUACUGGGUGUAUUCUUCCUCCUUGAUGAUCUUAAUGAUAACGAUAUCAGCUGA